UUGCAAUUUCAUCGGAAACACAAAUAGUUGUAUUUAUUGUUGUUUUCAAUCUCAAAUAGAAAAAUGUCGAUGUUUGUGUUCCUCUUUGGUUUGUGGACGUUGAGCGUCGAAGGACUGAGAAAUAAUGUGUGCAAUAGAUGGUCAGAUUACAGUAACAAGGAUUUCAGUCCUUUCUGCUUUUACAAUCCGGACGUUGGCGCAAAUUCCAUUCAAUUAGCCGAAAGGUAUAAUUACCAGAUUCAAACGCACAAAGUCAUCACGGAAGAUGGGUACAUUUUGACAGUGUACAGAAUUGCGAAUAGCACGACUUCGUUUGGAAUCGGCUUGCAACCAGUGUUUUUGCUUCAUGGAACCAUAAGCAGUUCUGAAAUUUGGAUGCAAAAUGGAUUGGAAUCAAUUCCUUUCGUUCUCGCUAAUAUCGGUUUUGAUGUUUGGUUGGGAAACACUAGAGGAAAUUAUAAUUCCCCAAGCCACGCUGAUGCCAACAUCACCCCUAUGGAGUAUUGGAAUAACACUUUCGAUGAUUUGGUCAAAGAUGUUCCGGCUGUGCUGGAUUACAUAGCUGAAAAUACAAAUAAAGCAGGAGAAAUAGUUUACAUAGGUCAUUCUGCUGGAGCUUUGGAAGCUGUGGCUUAUGCAAGUGAUAGACCAGAGCACGCGAAGAAGAAUCUGAAAGCCAUCAUUGGAAUAGCUCCGGCCGUUUAUUUACCUAAAGAGCAAUUCAUGGUCAAUCUAGUUAGGUUGAUACUACGUUUUAAUCUAGUUAAAUUCGAUAUAAAAAGUAAUGUGUUCCACGAAAUCUGCACAACUAACGUUGUAACCAUUUCCCUAUGCAGAACUUUCGUGUAUUUGCUCUUUGGUAACAGCAGAAUAGAUGAUCCGGCUCAGUUUAUCGUCACCGUUAGAACCUUUCCAGAUAGAGUAGCUUUGAAGCCAUUUGUACAGUACAUCCAAUUUGCGGAUUCUGGAGAAUUCAAGAAGUUUGAUUAUGGGAAAACAGCAAAUCUGAUGAUGUACGGUCAAGAAACACCACCUAAAUACGAUUUGGGUAGAAUAACCGUUCCAUUUCACUCGUUCAUUGGUGCUUCCGAUACUUUGGUUACAGAACAAAAUUGCUUGAAGCUUCAUAAUGAAUUGAACGUGGAAAAUUCCCUUCGCGUUAUCCAGGAUUACGACCACAUCUCUUUCUUUACAGCGAAUAACACUCACGACAUGUUCUUGGUUCCUUUACUGAAGCUCAUGGAGAGACUCAGGACAUAAGCAAAUAAAGUUAUGUAAUGAUGUAAGUUAAUUGAUGUGUGCGUAAUAAAUUAUUGAAAUAA